CUGAAUAACCCCAGCUCGCACCUCUCAGGCAUUCAUCACCACACUCCCCGUCUCGCGCACGAACACGCCCGGCACGCCAAGUAGCCAUUAACGCGCUCGUAGCCUUCCCUGCUUCUGCUUCCCUCGUUUUCUCGAAGCUUCAUCGCCAUGGCGGACCAGCUCAGCGACGACCAGAUUGCAGAGUUCAAGGAGGCCUUCACCCUCUUCGACAAGGACGGCGACGGUUGCAUCACCACCAAGGAGCUGGGGACCGUGAUGCGGUCCCUGGGCCAGAACCCCACGGAGGCGGAGCUGCAGGACAUGAUCGCCGAGGUGGACGCCGACAGCAACGGCACCGUCGACUUCCCGGAGUUCCUGAACCUGAUGGCGCGCAGGAUGAAGGACAGCGACUCGGAGGAGGAGCUCAGGGAGGCGUUCCGCGUGUUCGACAAGGACCAGAACGGCUUCAUCUCGGCCGCCGAGCUCCGGCACGUGAUGGCCAACCUCGGCGAGCGGCUGACCGACGCCGAGGUCGACGAGAUGGUCCGCGAGGCCGACGUGGACGGCGACGGGCGCAUCAACUUCGACGAGUUCGUCAAGGUCAUGAUGGCCAAACGAAGGAGCAAGAGGACGGAGGAGAAGGCGGCGCGCGGCAAGAAGAAGCUGGCGGGGCCGUCCGACGCCGGCAAGCGCCCCCAGAAAUGCGUCAUCCUGUGAGCUACAGCUCCGCGCACUCGACCGUGCUCACCGUCGUGUUCCCUUCUUCCGGUUUGGCUUGGCAGCGUGCGGAUGCUCGAUUCAACACCCUAUCUAGCUGCUGGUGAAACAUGUAUGUAGCUCUGCUGCAUCAUCGUACUCCACCCACGGCGUGUAAAUGUGUAAUACUACUUGCUGGAAGAAAUAACACUGCAACGUCCGCGUUGCAUCGCAUAUUUGCACUAA